UUCUAAGACCUGUCCUUUGAAAAUGCAAGGCUCCGAGGAGCAAAAGGAGACACGUGUACAGUUAUCAUCUAAGUUACUGCUUGAAUCAUCAAUGGCUUUGACAAAGAACAGUAAGGUAGAUCAAGAGUUUUUAACAGUUGUUACUGGUAUGAAGCAAGAUGAUGUGCUAGAUUGUAUUAAAAGUGACAAUUCACUUAGACUUCUCGGUGGAAGCAUGAUCCAAAAAGUGGGUAAGUCCAGAAUAGCUAAUGUUAGACAAAAACUUCGGGAAUUGGGUCGUUUGCUAAUUGAAAUGCGCAAAACAACUUCUUUACAAAACUUCAAUGACAUUCUCAAACCUGGAAAUUUCGAUAACAUUACUGAGGUUGUUUGGAACAUUGCUGGAACAUCACAGUCAGGUGAGGAAGCUUUCACAAAAAGAGGUCUGCCAAAAUAUGAGAAGCCAUCUUUGGCUUUAAAACUUGGACAUUCUUUGAAAAAAAUGGCAGAAAUGAAGCGAGGAUGUGCAAUACGAAAUGGAGAUGAAGUGGGGCGAAAAGAGGCUGAAAACUACAUUAUAUUGCAUGCAACUGAAUGGAAUGACAAGAUCAGUAGCCAUGCUUCUCGGACGCUGUCGGAGCGUCAUCAUAAUGAUCCAAACCUCCUUCCACUAACAGAAGAUGUGGUAAAGCUGAGGCGCUAUCUUCUUAAUGAACAACAACGCCUUAUUCCACUAUUGCGUAGUACUCCGUCAGUCAACACCUGGAGAAACUUGGCACUGGUUGCACUUACUCGUGUGACUGUCUUUAAUAAAAGGAGGGGAGGUGAGACGGGACAAAUACUUCUGGAAACGUACAAGAACAGAACCAACUGGAAUGAGGCUGGUAAUGCUGAAGUACUUGGUACCCUUCAACCUCUUGAGAAGAAACUUCUGGAAAGACUUCAACUUGUGGAGAUUGUUGGAAAAAGAGAACGAAAAGUGCCAGUUAUAUUGACAGAAGAUAUGAUCAACGCCAUUGAUACAUUGAAUGCGGCAAGAGAGGAUAUUUUAUUGCUUGUCGAAAACCAAUACCUCUUUGCAGCUCCAACAACAAAAGAUGGUUACUUGAAGGGAUGGGAUGCACUGCACUUUAUGACACAAAAUGCUGGUCUCACCAAACCAGAACUCAUGACUUCGACCAACAUGAGGAAAUAUAUAGCAACAGUUUCACAGAUUGUAGACCUGAACUCAAAUACAGAGCUUGAAUGGUUGGCAAAUCACAUGGGGCAUACACUGUCAGUACAUCGCCAAUACUACCGGUUGCAAGAGCAGACACUUGAGCUUGCUAAAGUUAGCAAACUAUUAAUUGCUUCAGAUGCUGGACAUGCUCACAAAUAUGCAGGGAAAUCACUGGACAAUAUUGCAUUGGAAGAUGUUGAGGACUUUCCUGACUUAGAGGAUGAACCUUUGAAUGAUACUGCUGAAGACAAGGACAUAUUGAAUGAUGAUGUUGGUGUGGAUGAUGGUUUUGGAGUUGAUGAUGAAGAUGAUGAUGACUAUACUGCUGAAAUCAGUGUUGAUCAUGAAGUUGUGCCGAAAAAGCAGGCAAAAGCCAGAAAACCAUGGAAGAAAGAAGACAGAAUACUCCUGAAAAGGGUAUUUUACCAAUGUUUGUCCACUAAAAAAACACCUACCAAAGCAGACAUCAUGCUUGGUGUAAGGAAGAACGAUAAAGUAAAAUCUCUGUUUGAAGAGAGAGGAUGGAAAGCUUUGAAGUACUAUGUUUGGAAUUUAGUCCAACAACAUAACAAGCUGCAAAAGAAGCUACUGGAAAAGAAAGGAAAUUGAUUUGCUCCUUACAUGACUGAGUAACAAUUAUGGUGAUGAAAUUAAAACGAAGGACAUUCUGUAUUCUGUGUCAAACCAUUGGAACAUCCAAGUGACAUAUUUUUUACAUCACAUAUUUUUCAAAGUAACAAUUUAUAGCCCAUCUUCACCCUAAGAUGGUGCACUUUAAAUACAUGUAUUGCCCUGCAUUCAGCCUCUUGCUGUCAUCCAUCCUUAAACAAGCCUUACAGACAUUUUAUGUGAAGUAAGGUUCCCUUUGGUCUAUUGUGCUGUUUUGAUUUUUGAAUGUCUGCUUGACUGCCAUUAUGGCUUUUUGACUUUGAAAUUAUAACACUGAUUUUUUAGAUGGAUCUUUCUCAAAUGUCAUUGUAAAAUUCCUAAUUUUGAUUUUUUCAUUAUUUUAUUGCUAUUUCUUGAGAACUACAAAAUGAAUCUUUUUUUUAUAUAUUUUCCUCAGUCCAUUGUUAUGUUUGUAUUGAUUUUGAAACUGAUCAAAUAAACAAAAUUGCUGUCAUGAUAGUUGUUGACAAUGAAAGCUCAUUGUUUCUUGAGAGGUACUCACGCAUUUGAUUCAAAUUGUUCUCCUAGUUGUACCCUUUUAAUUUGUAAACAUAUUCUAUAUUGAAAUUCCAUAUGUAGGUGCACAUUGGUCUCUAGUUUUGUCUUUUUGACUUCUGGACUGAUCAGAUAAAAAUAAUUGACUGGUUGUCAUCUUGUGAUUUUGACAGUAAAAAUUUGUUUAAUAUUGUAUGAUAAGAAAACAAAAUUAAAUAUGUAUUGAACAAUUUUACUCAAGCUAUAUACUGAACUCUUCAAUGAACACCACUGUAACUUCA